CAUAAAUUAGCCAGUGAAGAGAACAUUAUAAAUAGACAUAAACACAAAACCCAUUUACCACUGGCUCAUAGAAAUGGUUGUCUUUCAAGCAAAAAUGUUUUCAGGGAUCCUCAUUUUGUCAUUGGGCGUAUUGUUCUGUGAUGCUAAAUCAAUGGGAGCUAUGUAUGUAAUACAAGAAACAGAAACACCAUGUAUUAACAUCAGUGACUCCAACAGCAACCAUGAGCUUGAAAAACUUCUGGACAGAAUUAGAUAUGUUGCUCGAAGCUGCAAAGAAAUCCGUGACAAGUACCAUGUUUAUGAGGAUGGCCUGUACUAUCUGAUCUCUUCAAGAGGAGUCCUUUACCAGACGUUCUGUGACAUGACCACUGCAGGCGGCGGCUGGACGCUGGUGGCCAGUGUUCAUGAAAACAACAUGUAUGGAAAGUGUACAGUUGGUGACCGCUGGUCUAGUGAACAGGGCAGCAAUGAAAACCGGCCUGAAGGUGAAGGCACAUGGGCAAACAAAGUCACAUUUGGAGCCGCUGAGGCUGCUACAAGUGAUGAUUACAAGAAUCCGGGAUACUUUGACACUGCGGCUCAGGAUGUUUCUGUGUGGCAUGUGCCUAAUAAUAUGGAGUUGGAACACUGGAGCACUGCGUCUAUCCUGAGAUACCACACUGAUAACAGGUUCUUAACCCUACAUGGAGGAAACCUAUUCAGAUUGUUUAAGAAAUUCCCUGUAAGGUUUGGAAUCGGCUCCUGCAAUAUCGAUAACGGACCUGUUGCCCCAAUCGUGUAUGAUACUGGAAAUGAGGAAUCUACCAAAAAACUGUAUGGUCCUAAAUCAAGAAUACAUUUUGAGCCUGGAUUCAUCACAUUCAGAGUCUUUAAUUCCGAAAAGGCAGCUAUGGCUCUUUGUUCAGGCGUUAAACCAAAUGUGUGUGACACUGAACAUUUCUGUAUUGGUGGAGGUGGACACUUUCCUCAGGAGGUCCCUAGACAAUGUGGAGACUUUACAGCUUUUGACUGGGAUGGCUAUGGUACUAAUACUGAAUGGAGUGCUACAAGAGAGAUGACUGAAGCAGCGGUGCUUCUGUUUUAUCGCUGAAACUUUAAUCAACCUUAAAUCUUCUGCUUGAGAUAUACUCAAAAACACCUCAAUGUUACAUAAACAGUUGUUUGCCCAAAGGUUUAAAAGGUUAAAAACCUUUAAAAUCUUUCAUCUGUGUGUGGUGUAUAGAUGAAUAACAACAUGUGCUUUUUGGC